CAGAACGAAGAUAAACGUCAUUGCACGAUCCGACCCGGCGCGAGGAAGCGAGGAGACGAAUACGAUGGCUCAGUCUGAUGAACUCGAAGCUCUCACCAAAGCCUUCUCAGGUCUCAUCUAUCCGCUCGAUUGAAUCGUCUACUGGUGACUGUGGAUGAGGAUUCUGAUUCGAAGUUGUUCUGUCAUCGUUUCGAUGUUCUUCCGUUUUGCAGGACAUGGAGUUGAUGAGAGGACACUGAUCACGGUGUUGGGGAAGUCGCACCCUGAGAAGAGGAAAUCCUUCAGGAAGGCCACCCCGCACUUCUUCAAAGAGGAUGAGAGAAGCUUCGAGAGGUGGGACGAUCACAGGAUCAAGCUCCUCAAGCAGGAGUUCAUGCGAUUCAAGAAUGCUGUGGUCCUCUGGGCCAUGCAUCCUUGGGAAAGAGAUGCGCGUCUCAUGAAGGAAUCCUUGACAGAAGGUCCAGAUUCUUAUAACGUCCUCAUAGAGGUCGCCUGCACGAGAUCGUCGGAGGAACUACUGGGGGCAAGAAGGGCUUACCACUCCCUCUUUGAUCACUCGAUCGAGGAAGAGGUUGCUUCCCACGUCCAUGACCCCGAACGCAAGCUAUUAGUGGCGCUAGUCAGUGCAUAUCGGUAUGAAGGGUCAAAUCUUAAGGAAGACAUAGCGAAAUCCGAGGCAAAGAUUCUUUUGAAUGCCAUCAAGAGCUCUGAAAAGAAGACCCAGGAUGAAGAAGUCAUAAGGAUACUAGCGACGAGAAGCAAGCCCCAUCUUAAGGCAGUCUAUAAAGAUUACCAGGAGAUCAGUGGCAGUACCCUUGAUGAAGAUCUUAAAUGUGACUUGAGACUACAAGAGACGGUGCAAUGCCUAUGCACUCCUGAAAGAUAUUUUAGCCAGGUUUUGGACUUGGCAUUAAGAACUGAUUCAGACAAAAGCACAAAGAAGGCAUUGACUAGAGUAAUCGUGACCCGAGCUGAUGUUGAUGUGAAGGAGAUCGACGAAGAGUUCAACAAGUUGUACGGAGUCCCCUUGUCCAAAAAGAUUGAAGAUACAGCUAAUGGGAACUACAAGGAUUUCUUGCUCACGUUGAUAGCUAAAGGAGACUGAUCCUGAUAAAAGAAUCAGCUGGAUUGAUUGAGAAUGGCUCAACUUUGAGUCCUGAACAUGUUGAUGUGGUGGGGAUGUUUCCUGAAUUAGCUCGUUCCCUUCCUGUGCACAUCAUUUUGAAGCUUCCUUGUGCUUGUAUCCGUCUUUUGUAAACUGAUAAAGAGCCUAAUAAAAAGUGUCCGGAGCCGAAAACCCUUUUGAGUUGGUUUUAAGUUUUCA